AUGGCUAUGUGCAACGUUGGUGUAAAGACUUGCAAAAUCAUGGACUAUAUGGUAAAUCAAUCCGAGUGUUAUGAGAAUGUUGUCUUCAUUCAUACGGAUCUGCACAACCACAUUCAAGCCGAAUGUAGAGCAGAAGUUGAGAAUGGUGAUGCACAGGGUGCUUUGGUUUACCUAUGUGCAAAACUUGAUGUUGACCCACAUUUUUUUUACAAGUAUGAUAUGUGUAAGGAUAACAAGUUACAAAAUAUGUUCUGGGCAGAUUCGAAAUCGCAGGCUGACUAUGUAAAGUUUGGUGAUGUGCUGAUAUUUGACUCAACUUACCGUACCAAUGCGUACAAGAAACCUUUUGUCAUGUUGGCUGGUGUGACUAACCACUUCACGACUGCUCUUGCAAGGAUAAGGCAUAACGAGGCUGGAGAUGAUGCCGAAACAAAUAACACUUUUUCGAAAUGCUACUAUAUUCAUAAGUACAAGGUGAAGGAUAGAUCGUGGAUAGUAACACACAAUCCAGUGGAUGCCGCAAUGAUACGUUCUUGUAUAAAGUUUGAGCCAUUCAGGCUACCUUGCUGUCACAUGAUAUGUGUUAUGAAAGCUGAAAAUUUAACGCAAAUUCCCCCAACUUCUAUGCUGCAUAAAUGGACAAGAGCUGCAAGUAAGGAUGGCCAACAAUGGCGUAAACCCUCAAUUGAUAGCACUACAACACAGAAUGCUCGCUAUUGA